AUGCUAGAGGAGAAAUUAACAAAAGCUAUUGGAGCACUUAGCAGAAUACUGCCUAAUCUGGAGGGCCCCAAUGCCUCAUGUAGAGAACUCUACUCGGGAGUCAUCCGCUCCACAGCUAUGUACGGAGCCCCCGUAUGGUAUCGUGCCUUACAGGAAGAAACCUCAAUGAUACUACGGAGACCGCAACGGGCGGUGGCCAUUCGAAUUAUCAGAGGCUACCGAACGGUUAGCACGGACGCCGCAUGUGCCUUAGCGGGAACCAUCCCUUGGGACUUAGAAGCUAAGAUAGUCAGCACACUCUAUGACUGGAAGCACGCAAGGGUAGAACAGCCUACCCCAAAAAUGAUUGAGGAGCAGCCCAUGGCAUUGAGACGAAGUGCCAUAGACGAAUGGAGCAGGAGACUUGUACAGCCCAAAUAUGGCAUAAACACCAUAAAUGCAAUUCAACCGAUACUCCGUAAAUGGGUGGAUAGAGAAAAUGGUGAACUAACUUUUAGAAUGACGCAGGUUAUCACGGGACACGGGUGCCUGGGAUGGUACUUAAACAAAAUAGCAAUGCGAGAGCCUACAUCAGCAUGCUACCAAUGCAAUGGAUGCGAAAAGGAAACCGCACAACACCUGCUGGAAGAAUGUCCUUUGUGGAACAAGGAAAGGGAUACGCUAAAAAGUACCAUAGGAGACAACCUCACACUACCUAACAUCAUGAGCCAAAUCAUAUCAGAAGAGGAGAAGUGGAAAGCUUUUCAGAUAUUCUGUGAAACAGUCAUGGCGAAGAAGGAAGAAGAUGAGAGACGCAGGGAAACUGAAACCAACGAUGCAAUAAGGAGAAGAAGAAACGCAAGAAGAAAGCGGAGAUCAGUGCACAGCCAGCUGGGAGAAUGA